AUGCGCAGCAAGGUACCCCAAGGCAAGUCCUCACCCCGUCCUCACGUGCAGGUGAAUAACUACGGGCGAAUUAACUCGCCCGACGAUGACAUCGGCGUAGCCAUGGCAAAGAACGCGAGCAAGGCGGGAAGUCCUACCGCCGCCUCCGGUGCGAGUUGUGACGGGGAAGACGGAGACGAAGCACACGGCGACGACGCCGAGGAGGAUUGGCCGGAGAACGGCCACGAUGACAGCGCUUCGGGCGACGAAUUUGGUACUGCCGACAUCGAGGAGGACGAAUGGUGGAAUCAGCCGGUCGGGAGCGACGACGAGGUGGAAGACUGGCGGGCUGGUGAUUCCGACAACGACGGAGGUGAAGAUGCUGGAGGUGACAACGCGGAGGCACAGGAAGCGGCGGUGGAUGCGAAUGAGGCUGCCGACGAGGCGGCGGCGGAACUCGAGACAGAGGCGCCUGCGGAUGCGGACGCGGUGGCGGAGGCGAACAAGGUGGCUGCGGAUGCCGUCUUAUUUGAGGGUGAGGGCAACGACGAUGACCCGCGGAGCCUUGGGACAGACGACGACAUUCUGCUACUGAAGCGGAGGCUGCGCCAUCGCCUACAGUCCACGACGAAGCGCGCCCGCGUGGUGCUCUGUGACGACGACAGUCCCGGGGAGGAGCGUCGCCCCCUACUCACCGCUGCGGAGAAGGGAAAGGCAAAGGUCGUGGAAGCCCCUGCUAAGUCCCCUGCUAAGGCCCCUGCAAAGGCCCCUGCUCGUGGCCGCACAAGCAACAAGAAGCGCAAGGACGACGGAGACCCUGGAUCCAGCAAGGGUGCGGCAAAGAAAAAGGCGAAGAAGGCGCCGAAUCCUGACGACAUCAUCGUCAACGAGGCGUUGGGCAGCGACGAUGAGUACGCGGCGGCGGCGGGCCCGAUUCCCACGUUCCCUGAGAAGGAGGAGCCGAAGGACCCCACCCUCCAUAAUCCCAACACCCGCCCACCUUCCCCUCGCAGCAAAGACACUACGAAGAAGCGCCGCGGCUGGACCGUGCGUGAGAAGGUUAAGUGGGCGCGCCGCUAUCAGGAGCUCGGCUCCUUGAAGAAGACUAGCUUGGAGUCAACCGCGAGCGUCGCCUGCAUCAGACGCUGGCAGAUCAUCAUCGACGCGUUCCGCCACUGUGGGAUCUCCAGCAAGCUGGACGGAACGGAGAACCACCUGAUGAUGUCUCACCUGCGCGCCAGGAGCACCACCGAUGUCUCCGAGGACAUGUCCCUCGGGGGGACCACACGCGACAACAUGCGCCUGCUUCGGAAGGCUCCAGAGGAGGAGGAGGAGAAGGAGGAGGAGGCGAUGCAGGCGGAGGGCAUGGGGGAGGUGGCCGUGGCAACUGGCCUGGAGGUGCUGUACCAGGAGACCCCCAACUACCGCGGAGUAGCAGCCGAGGCUGACCGCAUGAUCGAGCCAAGGGAGACGGCUAAGCAUGCCUGGCGAGUGCCAGACCUGGGCGUAGAGCCUGUUGCUAGUGCUGCAGAGGAGGCGGUUACUGAGGGGGGUUAG